AUGAUGGGUCGAAGACCACCAACAACGAUGUCGCCUAAACCAACGAUGCCAACAGGUCUGGAAACGACAACAAGUCCUCAGGGAAACGAUGGCGAUAGAGACAUGAUUUUUUGUGUCUCGUACUCAGACUGUUUAAUCAAGUUCUUUUCUAAAGAAGUUGCGAUAAUUGUAAUCAUCCUCAUCUGGCUUUAUUUCGUCUUUCGUCUUAUUAUUCAAGCCAUCGUCGUCGUGAAAACCUCAACAAGACCUGCUACUCAUCAACCAGAAGCACAGCAUUCCAGCGCUACCCAACAAGAAGCUCAUCGACAAGAAGCUCUGCGUCCUUCUUCUCAGCAAACGAUCUCCCAGCAGCCACAAGCGCAAACUCAGACUGGCGUGCCUGAACUUGAGUGGGACAACUCCUUCGACUUACCAAUUGACCUCUCCACGACCGGUCCACGAGCAAAUGCUUCUGCUGCGUCUUCGACUGGAACUACCUCGCAAACUUCCGCAGCACGCAAUUCUACGCCAAUCUCUCUCGCUGGAACAUCUUCCACAUCACGAAAUAUGACUACUCCUCGCAUUCAAACUACCGCACGCGCACUUCCUUCCGCUUCCGCACAAAAGAAAUCUUCCGCUCGCUUGUCCCAACCGAAAGCAUCACAAAUCGCCUGCCGACCUCCGUGGAACGCUUCAGUUCGAACGUCCACACUCGCGUCAACAAACACUCGCGCCCAGCCAUCCGUUGAGCAGCAAGCUCGAGCAGUUCGCCAACGAAAACAACCGACUACCCUGUCCAUCAAUCACAGCCUUAAAAAAUAUUAG